UUUAACUUUUCUGUUAAAUGAAAUUUUUUUGAUUUCAAACAAAUUUUGACAAUGAAAAUUGAAUUUUUCAUAUUAAUGUUUUUUAUUAAAAGUAUAUCUUUUGAAGUUGGACUUGUUGAUUGUAAAAUACAUGAUGUAGGUCUAAGAAAAGAAUAUAUAACAUAUUUUAAACAAGUAACCAAACACUUACGAAUUCAAAUAAAACAAUCAACUUUGAAUCACAUAUCAAUAAGGAUUGAAAAUGAUAAAAUUAUGAGCCUACAAGAAAUUCUAAAAAAUAAAUUUCAUGGUAUUAAUUAUUCAAUAAAAAUAUAUUAUAUAAUAGUUGAAUUAAUUAACUUUUUAUUUGCUGAAGUUCUACAAAAAUUUACUGAACACUUAAUAAUUAUUAUAAAUAAUUGUGAACAUUUUUUUGAAAAAAAUUCAUUUCAAAAUGCAAUUUACUGCAUAGUAGUACUUUUAAAUGCAGUUAAAAAGUCAAAUAAAAUGUUUGAAUAUUUAUACAAAGCGAUAACAUUUAUUGAUUACUUAGAUAUGAAGUUACUGAAUAGUUCAUUAAAUCACCCAAAAACGGUAAUAGAUAACAUUUAUACUGUUAAACAUUAUACUUAUAGAAUGAAAACAUCAGAAAUGAUAAAUUAUGUAGAUAAUGACGAAAGUUUUAAAAUUGAAAAAGCUAAAGAAGAUUACGAAGAAAUAAAUAAUUUCGUCAAUAAUGUAAUUGCCAUAACACGUGAAUUUUUUAAAAACAAUAUUAAUAUUAUAAACAAUGCAAGGGAAUUGAAUUUAAGAGAAAAAUACUUAGAUGAUAGCAUUACUAAAGAUUAUAAUAUUCAGUUUGUCGAUUUAAUUAAUGAAAAGUUAAACAAUUACUAUUUACAAAUAAUUCAUGAUUAUUACUUCAAAAUUGGAUUCUAUGAAUUACUUCAACCUAUUGCAGCUGAGCUCAAACCUCCUCAGAACAAUAAAUUUCCUCAACAUAGAGCAAUUGAAGUACUAAAUACUUUGUUCCGCGAAGGGAAUUGGGAGCAACUAAAACAUAACAGAAUAAUAAUUGAUGAUGAAAUAAUCACUACUAAUCGAAUUAUUAGAGACCCUGUAAAUGAUUUUAAUUUUAGUCUAAAAAAAAAAUACUUUACACAAAUGAUAAAGUGUCAAUAUACUGAAGUAUUUAAAAAUUAUAAUACAUAUAUGUCCGCAGUAGUACAAACAUGCAACAAUGAAAUGAUGAAAAGUAAUUUAAAUGGCUUUGUUGAUUGUAUUUUUAAUUUUCUUAAUGUGGUUCAUGGUUCAAAAGAAAUUUUUAAAAAUAUGUUGAUAGCUUUAGAUAUAUUAAAAGUUGAAUCAAUUUUGGAUAUUAAGGUUUAUGCACAUUCAUCAUUAACUUAUACAUAUAAUUUAUUAAGUGAUUUUUUGUCCGGAAUUGUACAACUUACGUUAACAAGAGAUAGAUUUGUAAAUCUAUCUUUAGAUGAAAUAGAGAUAAAUGUUAAUAAAUUUUUUAGAGAUUUUAGUAUAACACGGCGUUAUUUUAAUCAAAGGAUAUAUCAACUAAAAAAUUUUAUCAAUCUACGUUGCUCAAUUGAAGUUUUAGAAAAAGAUCAAUUAAUAGAAUCAUGGAAAACUGAAGUUAUGUCAAUGAAUACUAACAUUAUAGAAAGUCCAAUACUUGUGUAUGAAUACGCAUUGAAACAAUUUAGGACAUUUUGUGAUAUUGCUAUUUUACGUGAAUUCGAUUAUUUAGGGUUUAAUAAAAUAAUUAGAAAUAAUUAAAAAUUUUAUUUUAAAUAAAAAAAAAUUUUUUAUUACAAAAUUUAUGUAGUAAUAUUUAAAUAUAAUUUUUAAUUAUUAUCAGGAUAACAAUUUUAGCAAUUUAAAUUGUCGAUGAAUCAUAACAUAUCGUAUUGGAUUACUUUUAUCUAAUACAAUUUUUAACAUUUUUUAGUUACUUAUUAAAACUAUAAACCUAUAUGAUGAGCUUUAUAGUAAAUUUCCAUAUCAAUGUACUUAUUCUUUAUAUAAUUGUGAAAAGUUGCUUGGUUAUAAUUUCAAUAAAAAUAUUGCACCUC